AGCAGACGAGCAGUUCGAGACACUGUCUCGUUGCUCGUCCAGUCGCACAACGUUUACACGUUAAACCUCUUGCUCCCUUAAAAAUAACAAAAACUUUCUUCUUCAAUUUCUUGCCCGUCAAAGCUUAACUAAAGACCAGAACGAAAUGCCUAUGCCAGCUGGAGGUGGUUACCAACAAGGUCAACAGCAAAGCUGUUUUGACAAGAUGAAAGUUGGUUUUAUUAUGGGCUUCAGCAUUGGCAUGGCUACUGGAGCUUUAUUUGGUGGUUUUGGAGCUUUAAGACAAGGAUUGAGAGGAAGGGAAUUGAUCAAUACUGUUGGCAAGAUUAUGGUCCAGGGUGGUGGAACUUUUGGUACAUUCAUGGCUAUUGGAACCGGAAUAAGAUGCUAAACAUACAUUUUGCAAGAGUAUUCUAGUAGUUUUAGAGAAACCAAUACAUUUGUAAUGAAAUUGAGAUAAUUAAAUAUUUCACCUGGA